AUGAAAUGGGUUAAAGUGUCGGCUCGAGUUACGGUUGUUAAUAAUAUCAAGACUUUGACGUGGGACUGGCGUUCGAACCCCAACUCGGCUGCAGAAGUUACAGAACUAUUCCAGCUCCUUAAUGAAAUUCACGAUUUCAACUGGAAGGGCGGUAUAGAUAGUUGGAACUGGAAGCAUGCUUCAGAUGGUUUGUUCUCUGUGAAGUCGGCUAAAAGUCUGCUUUCCGACAACAACUUGGCUGUUCAGAUUCCGAAGAUUAAAUGGAAGGUGUGGGUGCCGCUUAAAUGUAAGAUUAUGGUAUGGAGGGUUGUUCUAAACCGGCUCCCUACUAUUGCUGAACUUGUAAAGCGUGGUGUACGCCCUCAACAGACUUGCUGUGCCUUUUGUCAAGCUGAUUUAGAAACUUCUUUCCAUCUCUUUACGGGUUGUAUGUUUGUCCAAGAAGUGUGGUACAUGGUUGAAACUUGGUGUCGCUUAAAUCCUAAUAUACUGUUUGAUGUUGCGGACAUUUUGAAGGUGCCGGAGACCCUAACGUUGACUAAGAAAGCAAAACACGUCUUGAGAGGCAUUGUGUAUACGACUUUGUGGGUUAUUUGGAAUGAGCGCAAUAAUCGCAUCUUUAAUAACAAGCAUCGAAGGCCGAUAGAGAUCGUUGAGACUAUUAAGUUUACGACUUUCUUUUGGAUUUGUAAUAGGUCUAGAUGGGAAGAUGUAGAUUGGUCUAGCUGGCAUUUGUUUCCUUUGGAUUGA